AUUGAACUUGAGGUUUAUGGAGGCUGCAGUCGUGGAAAAUGGUCUCCUCUCUGGUCUUGGCUCUCCUGGUUCAAGCAUUGUUUGGAGAUUUGUGUUCCGCCAUCAACGUUACCAUCAGUCCUUCCCCCUUCACAGUGGUCCAGGAGGGCCAAAACGUCACACUCUCGUGUGUCGUGUCCCAGCGGCGGCGCAAUACCGCAUUGCCCGUCGUGAAAUGGACCUUCCUGCCGGCGGGCUCAGACCGGCCAGAUGACGAACUUCUCAUCGCUCGGGUCAACAUGAGAAAGGCCCGCUUCUAUGGAAACUACACCAAGAGUUUCUCGUGGCCCAAGAUGAAGCUGACGGUGGUGAAGCAGGGCAAGAUCUUUGACUUGUUGAUCUUGAAUGUGUCCGAGGGAGACCGAGGUCUUUACAUAUGUCGGGUUCAGGAGUUCAAAAAGCAACAGGAUCGCUGGAAGGCCUCGUCCAAUUCCACGGCUACAACUGAACUCAGAGUACAUGUGUUUCCGGCCACAGAGGCCAAAGACAGCCUGUGGACCUUGUUUGAAGACGUUCACCUUUGUGCUGUACUGAUUUGCUCCGUGGGACUGCUGUGCAUGUGCAUGUUCACAGUGACCGUAACCUGCCAGUGCAUACAGAGGAAGCAGCGGUUAAAAGAUAAUUACCACUUAGUCAAAAGCUCUCGGAAUAGCUCAGGAGAAACUGUCACCAGUGUGGUCAGUGUGUCUCCUGCCUUGCCAAAGAAGGAGAGGCGAUACAGUAAGAAAAGGAGCAGAGAUUACAGAGAUGAAAUACCACCAGCGAUACCAGCAAAAGUUCCUAUUGGAGACAAAGCAAGGAAACCCAAACUUUUAAAACCGCAACCAAGGAAAGUACUUUUGCCUAAAAUAGUGGAGGAAAAUCUGACCUACGCAGAGUUGGAUCUGGUAAAGCCAAUUCCAGAAGCAAAAGCGUCGCGGAAUGGCACAGUGUACGCUCAGAUACUUUUUGGGGAACAGCAGCUAUAGAAAUGCAGUCCUCUUCUAAUUUUGCCUUAUGUAAAUAGGGUUGUUAAUUUAUAGCCUGUUGAUCUGUAUUGUAAUAGAAAAUGUUCAUUUGAAACUGUACAUAUAAUUUUAUACAAACGUUGAUAUCACUUUUUAAUGAGGCCUUAAAAGGCAAAGACAUUCAUGUUUACAUUGGGGUAAGGCGGCAUAUUUGACGGACUUGGUUGAGAUGUACAUCAAUACCAAAAAAAUGGCUCGGGUUAUCGAGGAACAUUGACAUUUUAGAAAUUAGAUUCAUGAGAUUUCUUGCUAAAGCUGGGUACACAUCAAAUAUCUCCACCGACACUUGCGAGUGUCCUUGUCUGUCGUAGUACUAAGACUGUCCUCUGAGAGGCAGCAUGGUGCCACAGGGCAUUCAGGCUUUGGAAAAUACGACAAAAAAGAAAUAGAAGAACAGGAUAGAGAAGAAUAGGCUUCCUGGUAGCAUUUCUGGUUAAUAAAUUGUGGCUGCAAAUGCUUUUCCUUGUCACUUGUAUUGUGAAUGACUUGGGAGACACAUUAGACAAACACUCAACAGUUGCGCCUCUCUUUGUGGCUGGAAACAGCGCCAAUUUCAGGUCUCUUUCUAAUUGGUUUCACAUCACAAUCACGGAGUCCGUGGAUUGGCCGAACUUGGCGUUGACCACACACAUUAAGAUUUCCGAUCGUAAUUAUUUAUGUUUAUGAUUUAAAGUUGAACAUUUACGAUUGUCGACCCCUACAUAAUUCCGGGCAGAUUGGGAGAAAAAAAAAAAUCACUCUUAACACACCCUAUACUACAGGUUAUUAUUAUAUAAUUAAUUUUUUUGUAGACAUCUAAUAAUUGGGCCUUUGCUUAAUUCGAUGGAAAGGGGGAAAAAAUAAAUAUUCAAAUUUGGCCCGAUUGCCAUUAAGUGUACCCCCUAAGAAUUUAUCUUAUGUCUGGGCAUCAAGUGUGAAGCUAGCAAAGAGUCAGUUGUCUUAAAUUAAGAGUUCAAAAAGAUCAAUGUCUAGCUAGUUAGCUUCAUCGAGUUAGCGAAAUUGCCUAAUAACACCAUUUUGCACAGCAUAAUAGUUACAAAUUUGAAAUAUAAUAAGAAUAAACCCAGACUAGACGGUACAGUACAGGAUUUUGAGUUAAAUUUGACGUCUUGUUUUACAUUACGGACAGUACUGUGAAAGGAAAAGUGAACGUAGGCUACCAACCAAUAAAGAGGAGGCAUCAUUAGCCUGUUGACAGACUAACUGUAAAACUACUGCCACACAUCAUUUGCUUUUUGUAUAUAAUCUUCAUACUGGAGUGGGCAGGGGGGUAAAAACAAUUGUGUGAUAUAAUGUUAUACAUCUAACAGCUGUUUCUCAUGCAAGUUCAUUGUACAAAACUCCGUCAAUAGACACACACACACACAAUAAACACAAACAUGAAUGUGACCCAAUGCAAUUAAACAUGAGAUUUGCUUCGAGUGUGUCCCCAGCCUUAUCUUGCCACGCAACAUCUGUGUGCCGUCUGUUUUUGUGUGUCACACUGCAAUUUACACUCACCACAACUCAAGACAGUUGAUAUGAAAGUAGCGAUUAGCCCUUAGACUGCACCCCUCGGACUGUCAAGUUUUGUCAGACGCUUUCAUCUUGUGUUUUAACAGCCAAUUUAGCAGCUACGCGCGCACACACUGACAAAUCAAUACAGGCCUGCAUUUACGUGUGCGAUAAACUACACACAAAAAAAAGCAAAUGACGUAAAUCUUCGGAAACUGCCACCAAACAGCACUAUGUGUGUAAUCCAAGAAGACUUUCAAAUCAUAAGGUUAACUUUGUAUUUGUGAUAAGCGCACCGUGCUAGUCUCCAACUUGUAAAAGUGCAUAGAUCUCUUAUUUUUCGUUUCAAUCUUUGGAUUGAGGCAUGGAAAAGCAGCAACUGUGAAUUUUGAAACCCAGACGCAAAAGCAACGGAUUCCUUCUCCUCCCCCACUGGUCCCGUUAUCAAGUGUAAUAGUCACUUUUAAAUUCCCCAUUUUAUUACUAACUGUAUGUUUUUUGGUUUACACAAUACCAUUUGUAACUGAAAACUGAUACAUUAACAAUCAAUUAAUCGAUGAAUUGUUAAAUGGUAUUUUUGUAUGUGAAUAUCUGAAUGUUUUGGGUGAUUGCAUUGUAUUUAACACAAUAACAGGAGUUAUCAAUGUGGAUUUAGCUCAAUUUCCAAAUAGUUGAUGUCUUGUUUUUAUCAUGCUCAUUUAACUGCUUGAGCAACAACAGCACUUCAUUUUGUCUCAAUGGCUUCAAGAGACAAUUAAUCAACAUUUCAUUCCACACAAAUGAUGGGAAUUUCUAACAAUCAAAUCAUCAAUUAUUAUUCCCAUCUCAGUUGAAUGGACUAUUUGCCUCUGUCAAAUUUUAAGCCUACAAGUGGAAGAAAGAGGGUAUUGGGGAAAACAAUUCAAAAAAUAUUUCCGAUAAGUGAACGUUAGCAUUCUCAAGUUAAAAUGAAAUCACCAAUUAGCGGCCUGGCAUGCAUAUUAAAGCCUUUUAUUGUUAAUGUUUGCAGGUCAAGGUCAACAUUUUUACAGUGUUGUCAUCUUUUUGUGAGACACUUGAAAAAUAUAAAGAAAAUACUUUCCUGUGUUUACUUGACAUGUGAAUGUACCCUUUAUUUUAACAACCAGCUACUAAUCUUACCAAAAUGUUUUUUGGAUCAAUUAAAUUAAACUAAACAAGUUGUAUGUGGUAUUUACCUAGUUUCAGAAUGCGUAGCAGUUGAUUUACACUGAAUACUUCAAAUCAAACUUUAUUUUUUAACUAUUUGUGACUCAAUACAAUCCGGCAUUUCGAGAUAUGAGUGGAUGUUUAUGAAAUGCUGUUGACAUUUAAAUUUGUGCACAUUUCAGUUCCCCAACAUUGUGUGUUUUCUGCCGUAUGCCAAGUUCAGCCUGUAGUGUUUCGGCAAUGGUUUGAAUGAAUAAAAGUUGUCAUCCAAUUGUGACUGGAGACCUUUUUCAAGUGUCCUGAAAACUGUGAAAUGUAGAGUUUCUUCCAAACCACAAUGCCCUUAAUGGGAAUCAACUAACAAGGACCAUAUGUGUGAUUGGGGCCUCUCAGCUUCUCAGUUCUCUUUCACUGCCCUGCACCAACCUUUAAAUUCAAUAGUGUCUCAGUUUGCUUGUGUGUUUUUCACUAAAAGCAUCUAUCACAGUCAUGUUUUUUGGUGUAUGGUUUGAUUAUUUUUUUUUUUCUUAAUUUGUAAGUUUUCGAUUUACCUAAAAAUUGGAUUUUGGACUGCAUCUGUAUUGUUGUAGCAUAUACAAUCUGUAUUCGUAAUGACAUCCAGCAGGGAGGAAGUGCAAUAAGAAGUGUGUAAGAGUAAAUUACACUUCUUAUUUGAUUUAUUACCUCAGUAUUUUUGCAUAUGAACUAUGUAUGGCCUUGUAACUUUUCUUUGUUUGUUUUGGAAUGUAUGUUGUAAAAGAGUCAAUAAAGUAAGGUAUGUUUGAA